GCCGGCCAACCUCGCCCCAUACCUUCCACCCCCGACCGACGACCGUAAAGGCUUCAUGCAUUCGCUACGAUGCGCAGCCUUCCCUUGACGACUUUCCUGCUGGCGUGGGCCCAUCUCGCGACAGCCGACGACACGGUAAUGAAACAGCGCAUCAAGGUGCAGUUGUUUGCGACGCCUUCGUUUCUUUCCGAGGUUUCCGUCGACGCCUACAACAACCAGUGCCUCUCGCUCGACAACAAUCUAAUUGACGGGCGAGUGCAAUCCAUCCUGGUCGGCGGCCACGAUGUCGCUACGGUGCUACAGCGGGAUGACUACUGGGCCUGUCGCUUCUACGACAACUAUGACUGCAAAGGCGACGUGGACCAAUACCUGCUCAUAGCCGAUGGCGUGAACAACCUGGCCAGCAUCGGCUGGGGAACCAGGAUACACGGUCUUCGCUGCCGCAAUUUCAAGGACGACUGAGCCAUCCACAACCGCGAGAGACUGGCUCUAUAAUGAAGCCACUACAUCGAACUAAAUCCGAGGGCACCCGACGAUAAGGGGCAUGCCCCACAACAACUGAGAGACCUACCUCUGCCUAGCGUGAGGCUCUCCGCCAUGUGUGCGGGAGAGAUUACGAGUGAGAAGAAGAGCAUACAAUACGUAGUUUGACUUGAAGCGGGGCGUUUGGUAUACCAGGCAUGGGACUGAAGUUUAUCGACACUUAUCCAGACAUGCCGCACACUGUGGAGACAUGGACGUUCACCUUGAACUUCUGGGACACUAUGUCAAGCUGGCGUACAGGACGGGGAAUAAUAGGGCCUUCGAAGCGCUCGGAGCCGCCCCCUAUACUAUUAGCGACGGAUUGGGUGAAUACCGAGAGAGUUAAUGAAUAUAAUUAAAUGUAUUCUAUGAGUCUUGCCUGUCG